CCCCGGAAGCAAUUCUGGGAGUUGUGGACGGCAAGAUGGCGGUGCGGACGGUCAUGGGGUCCGUGUGCCGGCGCCUUUGGCAGGGCUUGGAAAAUUUUCCCAUAAACACCUCCAAGGGCAGUGCAGCCAAACAUGGUGAUUUUCUUAUUACCAAUAUGAAGUGGGUACAGUUCUCAAACCUGCACAUUGAUUUUCCUAAGGAGUUGACCAAACCCGUGAUCACUGUUUCUGAUGAACCCGACACCUUAUAUAAGCGGCUCUCCAUUUUAGUGAAAGGCCACGAUAAGGCCGUGUUGGACAGCUAUGAGUAUUUUGCUGUGCUUGCUGCUAAAGAGCUUGGGAUCUCUGUUAAAGUACACGAACCUCCAAGGAAAAUAGAGCGAUUUACUCUUCUCAAAUCAGUGCACAUUUUCAAGAAGCACAGGGUUCAGUAUGAAAUGCGGACUCUGUACAGGUGCUUAGAGUUAGAACGUCUAACCGGAAGUACAGCAGAUGUGUACUUGGAGUAUAUUCAGCGAAACUUACCGGAAGGAGUUGCCAUGGAAGUAACAAAGACACAACUGGAACAGUUACCAGAACACAUCAAGGAGCCAGUGUGGGAAGCAGUACCGGAGGAGAAAGGAGAAAGCAAGUCAUGAUGCUUUGGGGCCACGUGCACCUGCGUGUGAGAUGGCUGGCCAGCUGGGUGUGUGUAAAUGGCCAGUGCCUCCAGUUGGCAGUCUGGGUCCGGCUGCCCUGCUGAGUCCUCCAUCUGGCAGAGUGGGCGAUAGAGCCGUAGCAACAGACUGGACAUGCGGAAAGAUCUGCCUUGUUGGUUCUUGUGCAUAUACGUAUGCCUGUUUCAGCUCUGAUCUUAGCAGAUGGGAACAAAGCGUCUGACUACUGAGAACCAGAAAAGGGAACUGUGUGUCUUAUUUUACUCUCCACUUACUAGUUUAUGCCAGUUUGAAUUUAUUUGCUGAAAAUGAGUGUUUGGAAUAUUCUUCGCACAUCCUCCUUAGAAGUUCCUAGAAGGACCUGUUGGUUGAUUUAUCGUGGGUCAGGUAAGGCUUCUGGCACAUGGCGUCUCUGCCUUCUGGGCAGGAUCAAGUGCAGGUUCUGUUGUAUGCCUGGGGAGGGCUGGAUCUGUUACUUUAGGGGUGGUAAGCAAAUGGUGUCUCCUUCAGAGAGAAGGAGAGACGGAGGAAGAUCUUCUGUCCUGCUGAUGCACUCCCCACGUGGUCACAACAGCCAGAGUUGAGUUGAUCUGAAGCCAGGAGUCAGAAGCUUUUUCCAAGUCUCCCAUGUGAGUGCAGGGUCCCCAGGCCACAAGCAGGGAGCUGGAUGGGAAACAGGGCCGCCAGGACAUGAACUAGUGCCCAUAUGGGAUCCUGACACAGGCAAGGCGAGGACUUUAACCACUAGGCUACCACGCCAGGCCCAAAUGGUGUCUUCUUUAAAGUGAAUCAACCUUUCUGUAGAUGGAGCACAUUUGUAGCAUACCCCGAAAUUUUAAAAAUUUGUUUGAAAGAGCAGCAGAGAAAGGUGGGUCGUCUGUCUACUAGUUCACUCCCCAGAUGGCCAUAGCAGCCAGUGCUGGGCCAAGUGGAAGCCAGGACCCUUAGCUCCAUUAGAGUUUCUCCCAAAGGUGCUGAGGGUCUAAGCAGUUAGUCCGUCUUUCACUGCUUUCCCAGG